GAUAUGACCGCGAAAAAAUCGGUUAAAAAAAGACACUCAUAUUUAUUGCGAUUUAAGGACAAGGGAGCUUGCUAGCCUUAAAUAUAAUAAUUUGUUACAUUCACAUUUAAUCUUAAGUCCUCUUAAGUAUUUUUUAAAGUGCCGCCUCGUUUAUUGUACUAGUUCCAGUAAUGUUAUUCAAUUAAAAUGCAACCACAUAAUGGAAUAAUUAAAUGGCCAUCAUUUUGAUGGGAACUUAUGUCGCCCGAUCAAAUGUCAGGCGCAAUUGAUGUCCUGCUGGCCAUAAUGUACAGACGUGCCAGUUCGACAAAACGAAGUCAGGUGUAAUUAAUGCAUAUUAAUGGAAACUUGUGUUAAUUAAAUGUGACCUACAGAACGCACACAGAAUUCGCUCUGGCCAACUUUCUUGAUAUCUCGAUUUUAUAUAUGUAUAUGUCUAUAUAAAAUGCUAUAUGUAUAUAUAGCAUACUUAUAUGGGCGACAAGUUGGCACGAGGCGAAUUCCCCACUGCACUUGCUUUAAAGUAAUUCAAUCAAAUAAUAACAACAAAUAAGAAAAGCAAAGAAGAAAAAUCGAAAAACUGUGAUAUGAAUUUCCGUUGAGAUAUUUUAUUUUAUUUGAUUUUAUUUUUUUUUUUUUUUUUUUUUUUUGUUUGCUGACCAGCAGCAUCGUUCGUUGUCGUCAGCGCGGCUCUCUUUGCAUUUCGAUCAAUUUUAUUAAUAAUUCAAUCAGUCAAAAAAUUAUUUGAACCGCCCCAAAGGAAAACAAAAAAGUUUCGACGCCGGCAGAGGCCGCAGCAGAGGAAGUGGGGCUUUCGCUUGAGGGUGCUGAGGGUGGUGGAGAAAGCGGGAUGUGAAAGUAUGGAGAAACGACGGGACGCGGAAGUUGGCAUUGAGCUUGAGGUUUGGGCUUUCCCUAGUUGAUAUCUUGGCACACCGAGAAAAAUGGCUUGGCAAAGUUUGUUAAUAUAUUUUAUAAUUUAUAUAUUUAAAAUUUCAAUUCUAUGCGUUAAUGAUCGUUAUAUAUUUCAUGCUUUAAAGUUUUUUUAAAGAGUAAACGAAUAAAUAGCGUGAUAUAAAAUCUUAGUUCUUAGUGUAGUUUUUCCGAAGAAAUAUUAAGAAACACAUUUUUUUGUGUGCAUCCAUAUUCUUUCCCAUUUCCCACAGACUUUUCUUCUCUGAUUUGUGCAGUCGCGACUUUGGAGACAGAGAAAGUAGAAAGUGAGCUAGAGAGAGAAGCAGAUGAAACGUGGAACAUUGCGAGUUAUUUGCACAGUAAGGAAAUAUAUAAAAAAAAAUAUAUAUAUCAGAGCCAGGGAAAAAAGCAAAAACCAAAAGUAAAUCAAAACGACAAACAAAACAAAACGAGACGCUACGCACACCCCCUCAUCGCCUCUCCUCUCCCUUUCAUUUCCUCACCCUGUCUCUUUCGCUCUGCUCUCCAAAAUGAAAUAAUUCCAUUAGUACAAUUUCUUUUGCAAGUACAAAGAGUAAAUAUUGAGGAGGUCUAUGAAAAAGGGGGAAGGGGGAGGGCCGCAGAGGAUUGAUAAAGUGGAGGUGGGGGGGAAGGAGAAAAAGAGGGCUGUGUGCGUGUGUGUAGGCCUAAUGUAUCUGUUUGUGGUUGAGCUUACAAGUGUGUGUGUGAUGCUGACCCAAUAAGUAACUCCCCAAUUAGUAGUAUUCCAUACCCCUUUUAUGCAUUACCCACAGAUUACUUAACUCAUUACCACUGCAGUGUUUUAUCUUUCUUUAUAGUCAUUUAACCAUACUUUUAACUUUUUCAUAACUUGUAUAUCCUUAUCCUUUUAUCAAUCUACUCAGUUUUCUUGUUUACUUUAUUUCUGAAAUAUUUUGCAAAAACUUUUUAUAACCACACUUUUACAAAACUAAUUGACACUUCACCCUUUAAUUCACUUAACCGCAUUUAGCCACUGCAUUAAUUGUGCAAUUAAAUUUCGACCAUUUGGCAAAUAGUUUUGGCAAACCAACAAAUUCCAGCAAACAGAAAUUAACCCCAACUUAUCCCCCCUUUCCUUUCCCUCUUUCCGCCCAGUCUUCCUGUCCCUUUUCCUCCCGUUGUAAUUCCCACUGGAUGUUGCGGACUCUGCUGUAGCAGCACAAAAUUUCUGCACAAGUUACCAAAAAUUUAUUUAACUUUCAAUUAGACAAUUGAAAACAACAAUUGAUGAGAAUGAAGCAGUGGAAGAGGAAAAAGGGGACAGAUGAUAUCAAAGUGAAAUAAAAUUCAGAGUAAAUUAAUUAGUUAUUUGCGUUUUAGGAGUUUACUCAUUAAGGAUAUUCUUUUAUUCUUUUGAUUUGCAUAUUAGAAGUAUUUAUGCUAAAAUAUUUAGUUAAUAGAAAAGUUAAUAACUUCAUAUUCAAAAAGAUUUUUAACAAUCUUUUUCUAUUUGUGUAUGUAGGGAUUUCACAAAUUAUUGUAUUCCAUUUUGUUGAAAAUCAAAAACGCAAAUUCAAUCAAAUCUGCACAACGACAAUAAAAACAGCAACAAUCAAUCAAUUUGGAGAUAACAAGUGCUGCAACAACAACAACAACAACAGCGGUGUAACCACAGUGAAAACCAACAACAAUGGAAAUGCUGAAAGCGGCCAAUUAAAAAAUAUACGCGAAAUCGGAACACAAGAGCAAGCAAAACGCUGGCAGGAAGAAGGAUGGGGAAAGGAAGGAAGAUGGAAGGACGCAGGACAGGACACCACCGCUAAUUAGCACCAUGGGGAAUUUGUUGCUGCCGGAGCACACGAAGAAGAAGAAGAAGCAGCAGCAGCACCACCACUUGCGUAAGCAGAAGAAGUCGAGUUGCCAACUUGUGCAAACAUCAAAGAGCAGCGAAUUCAGUGGGUGAAGGUGGACGAAGAGAGAGGGCGAGGGGGAAAGUGGGCGAGGAGAACAAGGAAUUAUGGCAUGCACAUAUGCAAAGAGAAUGCACAUUAAAAAAAAUAUUUAAUUGAUUUAGAUAUAGGUUGUUAGGUUGUAUAUUUUUAUAACACCUCAAGUAACUGUUAUUUGGGAUUUUUUUGUAAUACUGCUUAUAUUCAUUUAUUGUGUUACCUAUUUUUUAGAUCUUCGUUUUCUUUAGUUUAUUUAUAAUUGUUCAUACUUGAAGUUUUUUAUUCGUUUAGUGCACUUGUUGUGAGAUUGAUUAUCUAAGAUUAGAAAAAUCCCUCUCAGCUAAAAGAUAUUUCUCUCAGUGCAACCAGACCGAGCAGAUAGUGAGCACCGUAUAAUUGUAAAUACAGUUAAUAUGAACGUCGCUCAGCGGCAGAGGAAGCAAACGCUUUGCUUGGCACUUUUAAUUUACGAAAUGGUGUUGAUUUAACGGCAAAGGCGACGCUGGCUCAAGAGAAACGGAGCAGGGUGGGAAAAGGGAAGCUGGGGAAUGGGAAAAGCGGGGAAAGCAGCAUCAGCGGCAGCCCAACACAAAAGAAAAUUGAAAAUACAACAAAAAAGUAAAGUAUAUUUUAUUCCGGGCAAUUGUGGCCGUCAUUUCACUGGAGCCCUAAAAGUGCACAUGUGUGUAAGUGUGUGAAUGCACUGAGAAACAAAAUGUAAAGAAAAUCAAAAAAGAAACAAAAAGUAUCAAAUCUAUCCACAUACAUACAAAUAAUAGAGUUAAUUAUUACAUUAUAUUUCCUCAGAAACAAAUUUUUAUAUGUAAUCAUAAAGUUUCUCUGUGUGUGAAUCCUUGCUUUUGGACUAUUUUCUCUGAUUAAUAACAGACAGAGAAGGAAGCCCAGAGAGGAAGUGAGAUAGACUGUGCGCCAGCGAUAAUCAAAAGGGUGUGCAAUUUUAAUUGAGCAAUUUAAUUACAUAUGUAAGCAAAAGUCUCAGCCAGAAUGAGAAAGAGAUAGAGCAAGUGAAAGAGAGAAAGCGGUAGAAGAAGAAUCCACACACACACAGACACAUAAUUAGCAAGCAAGCAGAUGCUGUUUCACUCUUUCUAUCUUUCAUCGGGUUUGUGUAAGUGUGUGUGUGUGUGUUGACUCAUUGGCUUUUGGUUGGAUUAUUUUUUGGGCUUUUUCGGUUUCGGCAAGUUUAAGUUUAGGUUUAAGUUGGUAAUUAGUUUGUCAGCGCCCAAAUGCAAGCAAUACUUUUGGUUGCCUUUUGACUUUGUCAUUUAGUUUAAAUUGGGAUUGGAAAAGGUUACCAGUUUAAAAAACAGUUAAUAAUCUCUAAAAAAUGUUUUCGUUUUUCUUUUAUAAAUUGUAAGAUUUACGUAUACUUUUUUAGAUUAUAAGUCUGACGAAUGAUUCCCUUCAAAAGAUAACAAGAUGCAUUGAAUAAGCCAAACCAUUUCAGCUUUUGACAGCGGUAAUCCGACCAACACUGAGAAAUGGCUCGUUAAUAUUUCCCCCCAUCUCUUUUAAUUUCAUUGGGGGAUAUCAACAAUCAAAGCGGAGCAGUUGGACCCCACCCACCCACUCCAUUUCCCCAUUGCAACGGUGUUCCCUUUAUGCAUUGCAUACGGGGCAAUUAGAAAGACGCGUUUACCGCUACACUAAAAGAAAAGUUCUUAAAUCCUAAAGCUGAACAAAAAUGUAAGUUAGUUAACAACAAUAAUGACUGAUACAAAUAAUACAACAUAAAAACUGUGGACUUUAUUUUAUCUUGUGAUUUAUAUUUACGAUUUAUUAUUAACUACCAUCAUUAUUUAUUCAAAUACCAGUAACAAGUAGCACCUUUUAUUAGUAAACAUAUUAAAAUUGCAUCCUGUCAACAUAUAGAUUCCUUGAGAUUCGUUGCACUUUAUUUUUCUGUGUGUCCUUCACCCAGGUUGACACAUUUUGAGCGGGCCGAAAAACUCUCGACCUGGCCAACAAAUGGCGAAUAAUGGCGGCUGAACGGAUGGAUUUCGGAGGUGGGGGCGACAUUGGACAGAUGGAUUGGAUUCGAAAAUGGGGUGGGGGCUUUACGUACGCUGGCCAAAAAGUGAGAUUGGGUGGGCGAGAGCUUACGAAUUGUGAAAUGCGAGUGAGUAAUUAUGAUUUACUAAUUAGCAAACACACUCGCAGCGAGAGCCGCAAAACUGACAAACUGCCAGGCAAACAAAUUGGCUGCGGAUGUGGGGGAAGGGGGAGGGAGGGGGGCGAAAGGGUACGGGUCUAAAUGCGGACGCGGAUGCGGAUGCGGAUGUGGAUGUGGAUACGAAAGCGAAUUGGCGGCUAAUGCGCUGGACAAACAAAAAUGAAACACACAGAAGAGGAGCCACAAGCCUGAGACAUACACACACACACACACAAACAAAAGUCUAUUAAUUAGCUGCACCAACAGGGGGGUUAUACAUCACCCCCUUCCCCCUUGUAAACUCGCUCCCCUUUUCCAGCGUCGCUGUAACCCGUGUAACGAGGAUUUGCUCAUCAAAUUCGCUAAUUGUUUUUGCUUUGGCCAACGCAAAACACACUUACACAAACACACACACACACACACGGACACCGAGGACCCACCCCCUUCCCCUCGAAAAAAAAUCCAGGGGUGUAGCAGCGUGUACGCGAGUCCAAACAAUUAGCGUAAUUUCAAUUUUGUUCAAAAUUUCAUAAACGGCGGCCAGUCUUUUGCAGCAAGUGACUUUUGCAGCAGGAGUGCAUCGUAUCCAAUGAAAACCCUCCCCCAACACACCCACCCCACCCCACUCCACCCACACACCGAAGCGCCCCCCUUUGCAUUACGCGCCCCUGGGACAUUGUGGCAUUUAAGCCGCGCUGCAGCGUGUUGCAUACUUUUGGCCGCUUUUUGACAGCCAACCCACGAAAAAUGGUGCACAAAACAUCAAAUUGCAUUCGGGCAAAAAAGAAAGGAAAGGAAAGGCAAAAUAGCCCUCACCCAUCACGAAAUCAACCCGACCACUUCUUAUUUCGUUUACUUUCCAUCAACAUAAUGCACAAAAGAGCAACAGGGAGAGCGAUCACUUAAAAUGCAAUGAACAAAUUAAUAAACAACAACAAUAACGGCGUGUCACCAGUUUAAUUGCCCAAAGAGGAUAACGGAACACACACUCACACACACAGCAGAGGGUAAAACAAUAGUGGUGGUGAUGAAGAGCGGAAUACAUACGAAAAAUAAAACCAAUCAUAAUUAGGAUUUGAUAAGUUAAGAACUUAAAAUGCAUUUCACAAAAUACAUCUUUGGAUAAAUUAUAAAACUAAAUGUAGCUAAAAUAAAUAAAUUUGAUUUUACAUUUCUUCGCUGAUAUGGUAAAAAAAAAAAUCCUUAAAAUUAACUUGAAAACAAAGUUAUUAUUUUUAAUUUCCAACACAUUUAAUAUAUUGUAAAGGGUAUUUACCCUUACAUUAUUUUUUUUUUUUCAUUAACACCUUCAAUUUAUUUAAUUGCAACACUAUUAUUUUGCUGGCAAUUGUGUGGAGGGGGCGGGGGCCUCUCUUUCCCUAGGCAAUGCUUUCAAAUUUAGUUUUUGGCGCUCUUUUUUUCGUGUUUUUGGAUGCUUUGGCUUCUUUGGCUACCUUCUGUUUUUUCGUGUUUUUGGGUUGUUGUUUCACACACAAAAAGAAUUUUUAACUAACACAAAAUGGCUGUUGAUUUGUAUGAGAAUAGAGGGGGAGAGGGGGGCGAAGUAUGGGGAAAUGUGGAGUUGGAGGCGUGGCAUAUAGGUUGAGGGCGGGAUAUAGGUAUAUUCUCUGGGGUCCUGGCUGGGGAUUAGUGCGUUAUUCGGUUUCAUCGCACCCUUUUGCCGAAAGUUCAAUUGCAAUCUUGUUGCCAAUGUUGCUGUUACUGCUGCUUUUGUUUUUGUUUUUGCUGUUGCUGUUGUUGCUUUUGCUUUUGUUGGGGUAAAUGGUAAAUAUACACCGCACAACAGAAAAACGCAGAUUGUACACUCACCGAUUCUUUUCCUGCAAGCCUGCACAGAGAAAAAUCAGUGAUUUCACUCAGAAAUAAAGGUCAAAUUUUUGACUUUGCUUGUUUUUAGUUUGUAAAAAUCUGUUUGAAUUGUACGUUACUUUUAGGACAUUUAAAAAACUUUAUAAGUUAAUAAUUUUUUCUUGUCUCACAGUAGAAGCAAUUUUAAACAGCUUUUAAAAUCAUGUGAUAAGCGUUCAUUUAUUUUGUAAGAUUAAUUUAAAUGUAUGUAGAGUUUUAGGGUAAAUUACUAAAAAGGCACUCCUAAAAUUGUAAGGGUAAAUACAAAGUUGCGAACUUUUUCUUUGAGUGCACACAUCCUGCAUAUCCUGUCCGUUGCCUUCUGCUCUUUGCUUCGCCUGUUGUUGUGUGCUUCUUUUUUCCUGCUCUUGUUUUUCGGUGUGCGUUUGGUUUAUUAAUGUUGACCGUCAAUUAUGUUUUAAUUGUCAUAAAAGGUUUGUCCCUUUUGACUCAUUCCCCCAAAGGCGGGGGGAUAAACAAGUGGAGGGUGGAGAGGGGGGAGUGUUGUGGGUGGCAGGAUAUCUCCGACACACGUGUACGUGAGAAUAUGUGUGUGUGUGUGUGAGAGAGUAGAGUGUAUGCAAACAAUAAAAUCCAACUGGGAUAAGCUGCAGCAGAGCGAGAGGGAAGAUGGCGAGCGGAACAGAAGUUGCUUGUCAACAUGGACAAAGGAUAUGCGAGUGUUCACAUGUGUGUAUGUGUGUGUGUGCCAGUUGACAGGUGAGUGUGUGUGUGUGAGAUGUUGCUGCUGUUGUCCUGUUGAUGUUGCUGCUUCGAUUUGGUUUUCCGGUUGUCAGGCAAUUUGCCAACUUACUGCAAAGAUCAGCACAAAGUGUAACCCACACAAAGAGAGGGCAAAAGUGACACACGCAACGUGUGCGGAGAGUUCAGGGGAGAAUGGGGAGCCAAAGGGGGAGGGGGAGGGGGAACAGGGGGAGUUGGGAGCUCAGAGGAGAAGGGGAGGGCGGGAUCAAGAAUCCUUGCGCUUCUUUUCCAUCGUUUCAUUAAUUGAAUUGAAUUGCAUGGCGACUGCAAGUGACACAAUUCCACUGUGCGGCCAAAAAUACACAGUGGAUCAUACGAAAAAUAAGGAAGCAAGGUAUUUAAUAUUUUAGUUUACUGAAUAUCAAGUUUUUUUUAAUCGCUUACUUAACUGCAAUUUGUAAUCACAUAAUUAAUUUGGAGUUUUUAACAUAUAAUUAAUUUGACAAUAAUAAAUUGUAGUUAAGUAAACUCUUUGGCAAAACAAAAUAUUCAAAUAAAAUAAAACAAGAAGCGUUUAUGAGAUCGACAAGAAAACAGAAAGGCGAGGAUUUCCGGUGAAGUAUAAAUUAUUAAACCAGUUAACAACAAACCGGAAAAAAAGGACAAGGAUGCGAAUGUGUAUGACAGGGGAUUAAUGCACCGUUUAAAAUAUAUGGCAGAUUGACGACGUCAGAAAAGCGCGCUCCUGCAUUUCCAAUUUUCCACUUUUCCACUUUUUUAAACACCAGCUCUUUUUUUUCGUACAUUUGCUGUUGGCCGAUGUGCGCUGAUGCCAAUUUAUGAAAUUUAUUUUUUGCCUACGUUGUGAUUAUUUAUUCAAAAAGUUGGCCUCGGCUAGCGUCUGGUGGCUUUUGCACAGCCCCCUCCUCCUCCUCCUUUCCCUUUUCCCCUUUCUCCUUUCCCCCUUUUGCUCCUGCAGACAUUUUGCAUACAGGACUCUCUACCUCCUUUUGGUGUAAUUGCAAUUGUUGUCAGUGGGCGGGUAAAUAAAUUAAUAACACAAUUUAUGCAUGACGCACAUUUAUAAUUACAUUUGGAAAUAAUUUAAUUAAAAUUGUUAACGCUUGAUUGAAGUUAAAUCGAAUCGGAAAGGACAGACGUAAACGGGGAAAUGUGUGGGUGCGAGCGAGAUGGCGAGGUCCUUACAAAAGUGACUUAAUUAAAUUAGCCCAUCAAUAAGGGACAUAAUAUAAUAAAAUGCCAACAAACUGACCAAUUGCCAUAUCGGCCAACCGAAAUCAGUAUCUCACUCCGUCCGUCGAGGUUCACAUAUUUUAGGAGUAUUUCCGGUGCAGGAAAAGGACAUUCAUGUUUUGGGUGAAAGGAAGUGGGGGGAUUUGGCAGGAGCAAGGAGGUUGGUUGGUUGUGCGGUUGCUCAAAUAAACCGAUCAGCAGUAACGGUAAUUAAAAGCCAACCAAAUGUCCAAAUAAGCCACACCAAAAAAAAAAAAAAGAACAGGAAAGGAAAGGACAUACGAAAUGAGGCAACGAGUGUGUUGUAUGCUGAUGGGAAUCUUAGAAAAAUAAUACAAGCUAACCGAGUUUUUCAAGGGUCGAACAUGGAAUACUCCCCAUAAAAUAUAUCAUAAAUUAGGAAUGCAGAUUAUGAUCUUUUUUAUUAAAUAUGUUAUUAACAAUCAUAUUCGUUGAUCACUUCAAAUUUAAUUAUGUUUGCUAAAGCUUACCCUUAAUAAUACCCUAUUAAUUCCAGGGUAUCAUAGGGAAAACGCUAAUAGCUGAUUGAGAAUUCGAACUGCAAGACCACAAGACACACACACACACCCACACACAGUUACAGGUAGAUAAGGCUAAAGCACACACUCGCAUAUGUAAGCAGUAAAUCAACAUGAGAACGAGAGCACACAGAUACAAAAUGUGUGUAAAUAUGUGUUGGUUUAUGCCCACAAAUCAAUUAAGUCGAUUGAGGCAACAUUUUCGGGUGGUAAUACAAGCGCACAUACACACACACUAACACACACGCACACACGUGGAGAAGAAAACGGUAAAGAGUUGUUAAGCGCUCAAAUGACACAUGCAAAAGAGGGGAAAAAGGACUCAAAAGAACCGCGAAGCUGAGUCCUACCACUGCAAUCCGUUCGGAAUGCAAAGGACCAAAAUGGAGGAGAGCUCUGACUCCCGACUGACUCUCAAAAGUAGGCAACAAUAACAGCUAAUAAAUGGCGGAAUUAAUAUAAAAAAAGAUUUUUUUUUAAUUUUUUAAAAUGCAAGUCAAAUGCACACAAAAUUAAACCGAUUUAAAAUGCAGGAGUAGCUUUCCAACUUCCGAUCAGUGGUGAUAAAUAUUUAUUUAACUUCAGCUCGGUACUUCUGAAAUUGUCUUGAUCACAAUUUACCCUAAAUAAUUGCAAGAUAUUAAAAUAGCAAAUAAAUAGCUAAAUAGAGAUAAGAAAAUCAAUUGAGAAGUCCUAAGAUUAAAUGUUUUAGAAAUAAAAAACAAAUAUAUGCCUAAUUCAAGUAAUAUUUUAAUCUUUGAGCAAAUAAAUAAUAAUAACUAUACAUUUUGUGAUAGCUACUUUAAAGCUUUCAAAUAUAAAAAUAAAAAAAAUAUAUUAAAUCAAUUGAAAAUUCAGUUUUCGUUAAUGAAAUACUAGUGGAAAUAUUUAUCCAGCUGCAAUUUGUUCUUUUGCGGAAUUUCAAAUCGAAAACCUAAUUAAAAUUGGUAAAUCAAAUAGGAUUCAAGGGCUUGAAAAUGGCCAAUUAGUCGGCACAGCCGACGAGUGAAACCGAAUCCGAAUCCGCAUCCGAAUGCGAAUCCUUGGCCGAAGGACGACGACGAGGAGCGCGGCCCGUUUGCCUUUGACAGCCGGGGAGUAUAAAUACCGGAGACGCACGGCUGUCGGUCGUCAGUUCGCCAGUCGACUUCUCCCUUUGGACACGCGACGUUCGUCCUUUGAAAUCCUUGAAAGUCCAACCGCCGAAAAUCUCGCAACUUUCACUGCGGUGUUUCCUUUUUUUCUCUUGUUUGUUUUGUUUGGUUAUUGUGAUUGGGGGUUAUAAAAAAAAAAAGGAGAAAAUGUUUACAAAUUGGCUGACGGGCAGCAGCACGCCGGCAACCCGCUCCUCGUCUUCGUCGUCGUCGUCGGGAAUCGGAGGAGGAGCCGCCGGCAGCGGAGGAUCGGGCGGAGGAGUCAAUGCCUCCGCUCUGGUCAUGAGCUCGCCACCGGACGUGAUCCUCGAAGUGGGUCCGGCACCCAGCAGCGUUCGGUUCGUGGCCCACUCCCUGGUGCUCGGGAUGCACAGUGGCUACCUGCGAUCCGCCAUUCGACUGGACGAGCCAUCCGGACCAGGAGCAGGAGCAGGAGCAGCGGCUCCAAAUCCAAAUGCCAAUGCAUCGGCCACAACGGCGACGGGCGAACUGCUGCUAUAUCUGGGCAAUGUCACCGCCGAUCAGUUCGCCCCGCUGCUAACCUAUAUGUACACGGGCUAUCUCGACCUGACCGUCGACAAUAUCUUCGCCGUUUUGCUGGCCACCCAUGUGCUGCACAUGCCGCGAGCCGUGGAAAUCUGCCGCUCCUUUUUGGCGCGUGCCCAAACGGAGGGCUAUCUGAACGGGAAUCCCGGCCAGCUGUGUCCCGUCACCAGCAUCCCGGCCAAGGUCAUCCGCCCGAUUCCCAGCAAGGCAACCAUGCCGAAUUUCGGUUUCCUGCCCAUGCCACAGGCACCCAUGCGAGAUGCAACCCAUUCCCAUUCCCAUUCGCAUUCCCAUUCACAUCAGCAACCUCAAACACAAUCGGUGAUUGCCGCCUCGCUGGGUUCCUUCGGUGGCAGCUGCUCCACCUUCAUGGACAAGGGCUCCUCCUCGCCGCCGCCGCCGCAGGACAACGAAGCGGAUGCGGAGGAGGACGAGGACGUGGAGGUGUUCAUCGACAGCAACACGGCGACGGACAACGAACUGGAUCCCGAGCCGGACGUCGACAUGGAGUGCAACGUUUCGGUGGUCUCCUCUCUGGCCGGAAGCAGUGCCGGCAGCCUAAAUAUCGAACGCUUGGACGUGAAGCCAGCCACCCCAACGCCUGUCAUCAUCCAUGCACCCAAAUUGCCACUCCAGCAGCCAAAAGUGGCGAAUCCAAAGCAAAGGGAGGCGACAGCGACAAAGGGCAGCAAGGGAGCUGGCAAGUCGAGAUCGAGGAAAUCCUCCAGUGGCCUGCAGGUGGCCAAGGCACCGGUUCCAGCGGCCCAAUUGGAAAUGGCAACGAGUGGUGGUGGUGGUGGUGGUUCCACCACUGCCAUAACUCCCUCGAAAUUCAUCAUCGAUGUGGCCAGUUGCGAUGGACCGGUGCGCUUCCGAAGGAUUCUGAACACAGCGUAUGGCCACAAGCCGGAGGGUUUCGAUGCCGGAUCGCUGGGCGCUGGCACUUCGUCGGCGUCGUCGUCGUCGGUGGGUGGCAAUGGCAGCUCGUCCGCUUCGUCGGCGGCGGAGCAACAGCAUCGCAGCCAGCAGAGCGUUAGCUACUCGUUUCAUCAGCAAAUGGCAAGGGCAAUCAGCAGCCAGCAGCGGCAGUUGAGCCACCAGCAGCAGGAGGAGAGCGAAAACAGUGGCGAUGCAGCGGCAGGAGCAACACCAAGCAGCAAUGGCAGGCAACCAGCAACAGGAGGCAUUGCAUCCACUACUUCCUCUUCGAACAACAACAACAACACAACAACUUCUGGUGGCAGCAGCAACAGUAGAAAGCAAUCUUGCUCCUCAACUGCAACCAGCAACAGCGGCAACCAUGAGCUGUAUGUCUGCGUCUACUGCAAGCACACAUUCAAAUCGCAAUAUUGCUACCAGAAGCACGCGAAGCGUCACCUAAAUCCAUUGAGUUUAACCACGGCGGAUAAGAAACUGCUGACGGAGCCGGGAAGUUCCCUGGCCAACAAUCUCGAGUUGGACAACCAGCAGGGUCAGAGUGCAACGGUGGGUGCCACAGGAGCAGCAGCAGCAGCAGGGGCAGCAGGUGCAACAGCUGCAACGGCAGCAGCAACAUCGGCGUUGCUGCGCCGCGAAGUUCGUCCGCUCGACAUGAAUGUGCAAUAUUAUCCCUGCAAAACGUGUGGCAGCAAGUUUCCCAGCUACUAUUUCGUGCACAAGCAUCGCAAAAUGUGCCAUGCGGAUGAAAUCGAGGCGACUGCCACGAGCAACACGAGCAGCAACAACGGUAGCAGCAACACGAGCAGCAGCAGCAGCAGCAACAGCAGCAGCAACAACACAGCAACCACCGGCAACGCGAAACGCGAGGUGGCAGGAGCAACAAAUCCCGGCGAGGAUCAGCAGGAGAAGAAACCACAACAGCAAAAAUCCUAAACACCUAUCCACAAUGCACUCGAAAAAGAAAUCAAAGCAACGAAAUCUACGAAUUUAUAUACACAAAUCACACAACACACACACACAAGCUAAUGUUUUUUUUUUUGUCGCUCUAGAAAUGCAAUCGAAUUAAUAAAAAGUAUUUCAAAAAUCAUAAUGGCGAACAGAGAAUAUAGGUGAAAGAAAAACGAUUAAGAAUAUAUAUAAAAAGAGAAAUUUGUUAAAUGUGGCAACAGGUAAAAUGAGCGAAGAAUUUAAAUGCAAACCAAAUAAUUGGUCGAUAAAUGAAGUUAGUUAUCGUUCGUUCAUCGAAUAUAUCGAAUUUAAACAUCGCAAUUAUAGAUUUGAAUUAAAUUCAAUCUAUAAAUAAGAACUUUAAAAUACUUGUUGAACUUCGUUGCAGAAUCAAAUAAGCAACACUGAAUAAAAUGCUUUUGGCUCGGAAAUCCUUUUGUUGCAAAUAGACUAUCGAAAUUAUCGACGUUCUCCAAACAGCCUCGCCAACUUGAUCCACUUUUUUUUUGUUUUUGUAUGCACCCUUUUUGAAAAACCAAGAGAAAUUGAAAUGCGACUGGGAGGAACCGAAGGGCUACGAAGGUAAACAAUCCUUGGCGCAAUUUAAUAAUUAAAUUAAAUCACUUGCAUAAUAAAAAAGACGUUUACAAAAAAGACUUUAAUUUAAUUGAGUUUAAUUAACUCGCCAGGGAGAUGACAGCCCACAAGGCCGAAGUGAAGCGAAGAUGAUGAUGAUAAUGAUGAUGAUGAUGGGUGGUGGUGGUGGGUGGUUUUUCUCGAGUGGGUGGUUUAAGUGGGAGGCUGUUGGGCGGUGGUGCAAACAAAACCGCAAGCGGCCGAAAAACGUUGAGCGGAACCGCAGAAAAUGAGGAAAAAAAAUUAUGAAGCGAAAAAAAAGAAAUCAGAGAAGCCACCAAUUGAGCUACUCUUUCUUCCACUUCUUCUUCUUCUACUUCUUCUUCUUCUUGUUUCACCUCCUUUGGGGCUUUUCCCCCGCAUCUCCUGUCAACUCUUUUUGGCUUUGGACUCUCGACUUGACUUGACUUGAGGCUAUAUGGCUAUAUAACUCGCCAGCUCAGUGUUAUUUCUCCGUUUUGUAUAUUCUUUUUCCUUUCUUUUUUUUUGAUGAAAUAUUAAUCGAAAGCGCUGGCAGCGCAAACAGAGUCCAAGGAAACCGGAGUGAUAGAGCGCCAGUCUUCUGAUUGGAUCAGUGGCGGAUCCACGGGGGGGAAAUUAGGGAAAUUUCCCCCCCUUGGAACCACAGAACCUGAAAAUUUUACUUGUUUGCUAUGGUUGACUUUUCAAAUAUAAACACUUUGUUUACCAAAAAAUUGGGAUGGAUAAUUUUUGUUUUAUAAUUUGUACUGUAUUUCUCUCGCAAUAAUAAGUUUGAACUCCGAAUCGAAGAAUAAGUUCAAUUUCCCCCCAAGAAUCGUCUCUGGAUCCGCCACUGGAUUGGAUUGAAGGGGUGGGGGGUGGUGGCGAGGUCACCGGGUGGAUUUGGUUUGAUUAAACGUCACAAAGGAGGCGACUGCAGCAAGCAAAUUGCAGUCGUCAUUGGCGGGAAAUGCAUUUUUGAUAAGCUCAAUUAGGGGAGGGGGCAGAGUGAAGGGAUAUAUUAACAUAUCUCUGUUGGGCUGCCAUGUACAACAACAUGAGCUUCAACAGGUUAACAGAGAGCUUUUCAGCUGUCAGGAGGUCCUGGUCCGAAAGCUGCUCUAUGAUCAACUUUCGAGCUUUGAAGGUCCUGCGGCAAAAGCUGAGGUUAAAGCUUAGUCCACCAGAAUCUAUUUAUGGACAGCUAAAAGCUCACUAAGCUUAAAAAAGCCGCUUUUCAUCGCGGUUCAUAAUUAAAUUAAAUACUUCUUUAAAUUUCUGAAAUUGGAAAUUUCACAUGCACCUUUUUUUUAAAAAAAACCAUAAAAAAAAUGUUAAUUAGCUACUGAAAUAAAUGAAUUCACAAAAAAACUUAAAUAAAUUCAGCUAAUUUAUCUUCAUCUUCAGUUUAAAUUUCUUAAACAUCAUAACCUUUAAGUUAACCAUAACUAAUCCCGAAUUUAAUUUAAAUGCCAAUUAAAAAGUCAACCUAAAACUUUUUGGAUUAAUUUUUUAAAACUCAACUGGAAUUUCUUGAAGAUGGAAAGUAAUAUUCAAAGUUUCUAUAAAAUCCUAUUAAAACGAUAAUCAACAAUUGAAUGAUUCUGUAUCUUAGUGGAAAGUUGAAGGAUCAAAUAUGGUAAUAUUAUAUUUCAUAUGGGAAUAGUAUAUAGCUAUAUAUUCUAGACAAUGGCGGG